GCGCCGGAAGUUGGCGGCCCGACGGCCCAGCUGGAAACAGUCGGUCGAGAUAGCGAGGCUGUCCCAGAUUCCAUAGUAGUCAGUCGGAGGGACGAGUGAAGGCCCGGAGCCGAAGUCUGGGAGAAACCCAGCUCCUCCCAACACAGAGCGAGCUCUCAGCGAAGAUGGCGGGGCCCGAGCUUCUGCUCGACUCCAACAUCCGCCUCUGGGUGGUCCUGCCUAUCGUUAUCAUCACUUUCUUCGUGGGCAUGAUCCGCCACUACGUAUCAAUCCUGCUGCAGAGCGACAAGAAGCUCACCCAAGAACAAGUGUCUGACAGUCAAGUCCUAAUUCGAAGCAGAGUCCUCAGGGAAAAUGGAAAAUACAUCCCCAAACAGGAAAUGGUUUUUAAGUCCUCCACCAACAAAGGGAGCUGUAUUCUCUUCGCUUUUUUCUCAGAUCCCACCAUGCUCACAGACAUGAUGAAGGGGAAUGUCACGAACGUCCUCCCCAUGAUUCUUAUCGGCGGCUGGAUCAACAUGACCUUCUCAGGCUUUGUCACAACUAAGGUCCCGUUUCCAUUGACACUUCGCUUCAAGCCCAUGCUCCAGCAAGGAAUAGAGCUGCUCACACUAGAUGCGUCCUGGGUGAGUUCUGCAUCCUGGUAUUUCCUCAAUGUCUUUGGGCUCCGGAGCAUUUACUCUCUGAUCCUGGGCCAGGAUAAUGCUGCUGACCAGUCACGAAUGAUGCAGGAGCAGAUGACAGGAGCAGCCAUGGCCAUGCCUGCAGACACCAACAAAGCUUUCAAGACAGAGUGGGAAGCUUUGGAGCUGACAGAUCACCAGUGGGCACUCGAUGAUGUGGAAGAAGAGCUCAUGGCCAGAGACCUCCACUUUGAAGGAAUGUUCAAGAAGGAACUGCAGACAUCCAUCUUCUAAUCGCGAGCGGGGUCCGCUGUGUUGGGAACUUGCAGUAGCACUUAACCUUGUAACUUCCGUGGAGCUGGAGCCUCUGAGAAUAAAAAAGGAGGGUGCAGGGGCUGGCGGGUGCAUAGCGAGGCUCGUUCUUGUCUGAGCUGGGUUCCCCUUUAUGUUGGAAACUAGAGGAAAGGAGUUCUGGGUGAGUGCUGUCUUAAAGUUUGUAACGUUCUUCAGGUGACUCUAGUAGGGGUGUCAGAGAAAGGGGACUAUCCCAAGCUGCUGAGAAUAUCUCAAAACUUAGCAAAAACUCCAUGUUUGUAAGGAGACUUGUCAGCUAUAGCCAGUGACUAUGUUCAGUCAGCCUGACUUCCAGCCACAGUAAACCCCUGUUUUCUUAGGAUCCAAACACCCUGCAUUUUACCUUAAUUUCUUGUUCGUAUUGUUUAACUUUCUUUACACGAGUUAUACACAUUUUCUCUCUACCAGAAGUUAGAAACUUCGGCUGAACAGCAUAGAGCUCCCUGCCCUAUUCACUUGAGCCUACAGAAUGAUGCAGAGAGCUGGGCGUCCCAGCCUUACUGAAAUGAGCUCUUUCCAGACUGGAUUCUCAGGGCGAAGGCAGACUCGGCAAACUUUUCAUAUCUCUUCAUCUUUAGUCCAGUGAAAACAGGUGACCCUGAGGCACAGCCAGACUCUCAAGUGCCUUUGGGCUCAUCAGAGACGGGUUACAUAAUACAAGUUCUUGAUUGGAACUUGAGAAAAUAUCAACUCCAUUGGCCAGUCAAUGGUGCUGUACUGUAAGUGGCUACUCAUUUGAACGAGUGACCUCAUUUCCCAGCUCCUCUGGGCAGGAGAGAACUUACCACUGUCAGGGCAAGAGGGCAGCUUCUGGCGGAUAGGGAGAUCAAGGUGCCCAGGAGUCCUCUGUCCAGGGAAGGAUAGGGUGCCGUUUCUGUACCAAGAGGUGAUGUGAUUGCAUGUUAAGUGCUGUAGCCAAGAACAAGCGACUCUUGACUCUAAUUAAACAGUCCUGAUUUCUCUUUGCCUGUGAAA